AUGGAAGACCAAGAAACAACAACCCUCCACCCCCUCGAUCUCCUCCGCCAAAUCCUCAACUUCCUCUCAGACAAACAACCCGACCACGCCAUCAUCCUGCCCACUCAGACAACAGUACCAGAUGCUCUGGAAGCACUGAAGUCCGCAUUCAGCGGACUCAACGAGCCGAUUCUUCUCAUGCACGGUGCUCCUCCAUCCACUUCCACGAUGGAUAUUCGUCGAAUACGUCCUGUGUUCGAUGACCCGUUCGUUCUACCCCCUCAUGCCACAACGUUACCAGCUCAGCCUGAGCCUCGCCCUGUACCUAGAAGCGAACAGCGGCGUCUGCGAUUGCGCGAGCUGGCUGGCCAGAUGGCGCGGGCGAAAUAA